CUAUCUACACAUAGUCCCCGUUGCAUGCCCCUUUCAAGAGCUCGACAUUGCCCCGGACUUGUACCAGGUCUUACGUACUUCGUAGGUGAGUUUCUCAUGCUCUCCAACGAUGGACUAAUCCAGAGACAUCAUAUCCGGCUCAAUUGAAGGACUGACACCAUGGUUAAAAUCUUUGAAGCCGAGGAAGUGGCAAAGCACAACACCGCCGAGAGCUGCUGGGUGGUGCUAUACGGCGAUGUCUACGAUGUGACGGAAUUUCUCCCUUCCCACCCAGGAGGGUCGAAAAUCAUUCUCAAGCUGGCCGGCAAGGAUGCCACCGAGGAGUACGACCCCGUUCACCCUCCAGGGACCCUUGAAGAGAACCUGAAGCCCGAGGCCAAGCUGGGAAAGAUCAAUCCCGAGUUACUAGCCGAGGCAGAGGCGGAUGCGAAGACCCCCGCUGCCACAGAGGCUGCGAAAGACAAGGAUGCGCCUGUCCGACUAGAGGCGCUUCUCAACCUGGACGACAUCGAGGCCGUAGCUACCAAGCGCAUCUCCAAGAAGGCCCAUGCGUACUACUUUUCCGCCGGCGAUGACAUGUGGUCCAAGAAUUACAACAACCUGGUGUACAAGAAAAUCCUACUGCGGCCCCGCGUCUUUCUCGACAUCAGCAAGAGCGACCUAGCCACCACCCUGCUGGGACACAAAGUCGGCUUGCCGCUGUACGUCUCGCCCGCCGCCAUGGCCCGGCUCGCCCACCCGGACGGCGAGCGGGGCAUUGCCAGGGCAGCGGCCAAGUUCGGCAUCAUGCAGAACAUCUCCAACAACGCGUCCAUGACGCCGGAACAGAUCGUCGAAGGCGCCGACCCCUCGCAGAUGUUCGGGUGGCAGCUCUACGUCCAGCAGGACCGCAAGAAAAGCGAGGCCAUGCUGAAGCGCAUCAACGCCAUGAAGCAGCACUUCAAGUACAUCUGCCUGACCCUCGACGCCGCGUUGCCGGGAAAGCGCGAACUCGACGAGCGCCGGCAGUUCGACGACUUCGAGCCCGUCGACUCGGCCUCUAACGAGAAGGGCGCGGCCGAAAAGCGACCGGGGGGCGGCGGCGUCGGCCAGCAGCUUUUCUGGGGCACGGCCGGCGACCUUACGUGGAAGACCACACUGCCGUGGCUGGCCCAGCAUACGGAUCUCCCCAUCGUUCUUAAGGGCCUGCAGACGCACGAAGACGCGUAUCUGGCUGCCAAGUAUGCCCCGCAGGUCAAGGCUGUCAUUUUGUCUAACCAUGGUGGCCGGGCCCUCGAUACAGCGCCGCCUGCCGUCCAUACUCUGCUCGAGAUUCGCAAAUACUGCCCUGAGGUGUUCAGCAAGAUCGAGGUGUGGGUCGACGGCGGUAUCAAGCGCGGAACUGACGUUGUCAAGGCGCUCUGCCUGGGAGCCAAGGCCGUUGGUAUCGGAAGGGCGGCGCUGUUUGGACUGGGAGCCGGCGGUCAGGCCGGUGUGGAGCGGACGUUUGAGAUUUUGAGGGGAGAGAUCGAUACUUGUGUGAGACUCCUGGGUGCGCAGUCUAUUGCUGAUUUGGGUCCUCGAUUCAUCAACACUCGAAUGGUUGAACAGGAAAUAUUUGAUGGCGAACCUGGUUUGGAUAACGGCGGACUGUGGUCACGAGCUAAAUUAUGAACGAACAUGUCUGGCUCAGGGUCCCAAUACCUCGAUAUAUUGAUGUUAAAUUAAAGGCACGCACAUAUAUUUGACUUGCGGAAGAAUUUCUUGAAUUUCAUAGCCAACUUUCAUGUUAUUUUGGGCAAGGAAAUCUGGAUCAUUCGUUGCCGUCUCUGCGAACCCCAUGCCACGAAAUGCCGAGAAUUAAACCCGCAUAACCCAGGAUAAUACUACAGAAUAGGACUUUGUAAUAAGUAAACAGGCAAGCGCCAGGCG